AUGUCUACCUCUCCUUACGGUAUCCGCAAAAUUGGUGCUCAAAACACUCUUGAGCACAAGGUCUACAUUGAAAAGGAUGGCAAGCCCAUCUCUGCUUUCCACGAUGUCCCUCUUUACGCCAAUGCUGAGAAGACUAUUCUUAACAUGAUUGUUGAGGUUCCUCGUUGGACUAAUGCUAAGAUGGAGAUCUCCAAGGAGCUUCCUCUUAACCCUAUUGUUCAAGACACCAAGAAGGGCAAGCUUCGUUUCGUUAGAAACUGUUUCCCUCACAAGGGUUACAUUCACAACUACGGUGCUUUCCCUCAAACUUGGGAAGACCCUAACUUCACUCACCCUGAGACCAAGGCUGUUGGUGACAAUGAUCCAUUGGACGUUUGUGAGAUUGGUGAGGCUGUUGGCUACACUGGACAAAUCAAGCAAGUCAAGGUUCUUGGUGUCAUGGCUCUUCUUGAUGAAGGUGAGACUGACUGGAAGAUUAUUGCUAUUGAUGUCAAGGAUCCUCAUGCUUCCAAGGUCAAUGACAUUGAAGAUGUUGAGAAGAACUUCCCUGGCUUGCUCCGUGCUACCAAUGAGUGGUUCCGUAUCUACAAAAUUCCUGACGGAAAGCCUGAGAACCAAUUUGCUUUCUCUGGUGAGUGCAAGAACAAGAAGUACGCUGAGGAUGUGAUCCGUGAGUGUGCUGAAGCCUGGGAGAAGCUUGUUGCCGGUAAGGUCGACCCCAAGGGAAUUGAGUUGUCCACUGCCGAGUCUGAGGCUGCUUCCGCCGUCGCUACUGGUGAAAACUUGCCUCCUGCUCCUAUUGACGCUUCUAUUGACAAGUGGUUCUUCAUUGCUGGUGCCUCUGUCUAA